AUGCGUUUGCACCCGACAUUCUAUGUCGGGCGCCUUAAGGCUUACCUGCCGGCGGAUCUCCCUUUGGUCCUUCCUCACUCGUCUGUAUCGGCUCAAAGUCCGACACCCCCUGCCGACGACGCUGACGACGACUGGGACCAAGUCCUAGACGAGCGCGAGCAGACUCGUUCUGCUGGGGUCCACCGAACGCAGCAGUCUCGAGCUGUCGCAGACGCUCCACCAAGCCCUGCUGCUCCCGUCGGGUUCUCUCGGCAGCCUCUGUCGCAGCUGCUGCACGAUCUCGAGCCCUCUCGGCCAUCUCACGGGCAUCCAGAAGGCCGUUCAUCGCCUCUUCAGUGUCAGCACGAAGGAAACGAAGCUCGUCACUCGACGGCACAGGCGCCCGAUUAUGAGAAUCGGCGCCCAACCCAAGAAGCCUUCCGUCGUGAUGCUCCUCCUCCCUUGGUAGAUGCAUCGGGUGAGCGACGCUGGAUUGUGGACCGUAUCGUCGGUCAUGAAGACCCCACGCCUCUUGCGCCGAGUAGUGGCUCGGCGCCAUCGAAGAGUCGUUCAGAAACGCAUUACAAGGUCCGAUGGUUGGGUUAUUCACCAACGGAAGACACGUGGGAGCCUAGAAGUAUGCUGGCUCACGAUGUUCCUGACGUCGUUGAGGAGUACGAGACCAGUAAGAGGUCGGCGAACGCGACCGACGCUGCUGACUCCUUCCACGAUCCCGCGAACCGUAACGUGCGUGAAUUGGCGAUCGACGACGAUCUCCCGAGCGACUCCGACGUCUUCUACGAGGAUCGGGAGCAUUUGGAUACCUUGACGGUCGAGAGCGACUACGAGAACGACCUCGGUGGUCGUAAGACAAACGAUCUCGACUACGUGAACGCCUCCAUUGAUCGACAGGGCGUUCCCUCAUGUGACGCAACGCAGAUACUUGGAGCUCUGAGAGGCUCCUCUCAUAGCGUCCGAUCCAUGGUCGGAUGUGCUGGGGCAUUCCCCGUGCACACACCAUGUCGUCCCAUUCCUGCCGCAUUGGUCGCGGUCUCUCCAUGUGACACCGUGGACACCCUUCACGGACAUGGACGUAACACAUGUGGAACCCAUCACGAGUCAAAUGACAUACGCGUCGUCGUAAGUCGCCAAUAG